GCGAUGAUCACUUCCGGCGACGAUGUGCGGCGAUGAUGGAUGGGCUCGACAGCGAUCGGCGUUCACCCAGGGAGACGACGUCGCGGUGUUCGCAUGCGGGGCAUCCGCGCGGUCUGGAAGAUCUGUCGCGCCACGUGCGCCGUGCAGAACUGAGGAAGAUCGACUGGCGCGAGCGACAACGGUCUCGAUCGCGCCCGGCCUUUUUUUCCACCACGGCCGCCGAUCAGGAUGAAGAGGAGAAGACGUUCGAGAGUGUCGGAGCGCAGGACGAAGAGGACACGUUCUCCCCCGAAGCGACACAACGACGACGUCGACGACGAUGGGUGAAAUCGACGCGACGCAGACAGAAGAACCGUGGCUCGCGCGAGUCAGAGAAUCCUACCCCCCUCUCGAUCAAUACUACUACGUUUACGAUUCCUCGCGAUGUCGACGAAAGCGCACAAUCGCCGUGUGAUUAUGCGCUCCAUCAGCGAGCAAAUGGAAAUGAACGGAUGACGGCGAAGCAUACGAUCCGCGAAUGUUGAUACCGGCGACGAUGACGUGCGAUCGACGCCUAAAAACGAAGGACGACCACGAGGGCGACGGAGGAAGAGAAAGAGAGAAAGAGAGAGAAAAAGAGAAUGUAUUCCCUUCGGAUUCUCGGUUGUCGAUCCAUCCGGCGAUGAGGCAGCGAUGAAAGGCAGGAUGCGACCGGGACCGGACGUAACGAGCCUGGCAUACGCAAACAGUUCCAGAAACGAAGGAAACACCGUCGCCGUCGUCGUCGCGCUGCGAUGACUUACACCCUGUCGCGAUCAAGAUAACGCCGCUAAGCACUGCAAAGGCGCGCCUUCUAAGUCGACUGCUACACGGAAAAAAAUAAUUUUGUUCUUUUAGCAAAAUCUUCGUUGCUACUGCAUAUUCGUAGUGACAUAAAAAAAAAUUUGUUGACGUAACUAAUUUUACAAAUUAUUCGUUAUCAGAGCAGAA